AGUAAAAGAAGACGGUAACUUCUAAGAACUCUGCUGAAAAGGAGGGAAAUAAUAGGGCAAAUACAGCGGUCUGAGGAGAUUUUGAAUUUUAGAAUCUACAGUUUCCGAGGGAAAUCCUCUGUUCUUCAAAUAACUAUCCUUUUCAGUACAGUUUUUUUCUGUUGUCAAAAAAAACAGCGAUAUAUUUGGGAAAGGACAAUAAACAUCUCUCUAAAAUUAAGGAUAACCAAAAUUAACUAGUCGUAUCCGUCUUCACAGUUUCCGAGGCACGUAAUUAUCCUUGAUAGAUAACAAAACCUCCAAUCUCAAGCCCCAGGGAACAUGCAAAGUUUGUAGUAUAGGAGACACCCAGAGUUUUAGAUCGUACAGACUUGAAGUUUAAGCUGUGGAUUUGUUCUGUAGAAGCCAAUACUCAAAAUGUGGCAGCUCUUCUUACUUGCCGCUAUAGGUGCAGGGACAGGAUAUGUUGCAGGAUGUAUGAAACAGAAAAAGAGAGAGACAAGUAACUGUUUUCCUCAAAAGAAAGAAGAAGUUAAGUCUUGUCUUUUAAACUCACCUUAUAAUACAGAUAUCGAGGAGGCUAGAAUUGUUGCUGAGCACUGCCAGAAACCCCAAGGUGAUUUAUGGCUAAAUUAUGGAGUAGGGAUUGGUGUUAUGGUCAUGAUUUCCACUGGAAAACAGAAAAUUGAUGAGUUGUCUUUACUAAUAGGUCAGACAGCAGACUUGCUUCAGGAAUUGAAAGGACAAGUGAAUGCCAAUAAGAACUAUAUGAAAAAUGCUGAUGUGUUCAUGAGUAUUUGCCAUCAAAACAUUCUUGCAUUUCAAGAAGACAAACUAAGGACGGAUGUAUAUCGCUGUGUAAACAGUGGAUCUGGUUCCGUUGGAACUCCAUCCGAAGAGAAUGCAUAUACUAGAAGUGUUAUCACUAAUGAAUCUAUACACCAUCUCAGUGGAAUGGUUGAGCUUGACAAAGAAUAUCAAGCAAUGCUAGAGAACACACAAAUAAAUUUCGUUGAACCAAAUUUCUCAAACCAUCAAAGAAACAUGUUUGAUCUUAGUGAGUCCUCCUCAAUUGCUAUGGUAGAGGGUGGGCUUUGUGCCAAUGGUUUGACAGGUCACCAUAGUAGUUCUGAAAACAAGUCUCCAAUGGAACAGUUGAAGAUUUCCGAUGUGGAUAACUAUGGUGUGUCACCGUAUGAGUUAGAUAGGCAUUUACGUGAUCUUUUCGAAAAACAACAAGAAGAAAAAAUUUCAGAGCUUGGCAUGCAAUUAAAGUCAAUGGAGACAAAGUUGUGUGCUAAAGAAGGAGAGCUUCAACAAUGGAAGGAUCGGGUUCGGUGUCUCGCUGAACAUUCAUUUGGGAUCACUUCAGGUGAGGACUCCUCAUCAUUUGAGAAGGCAAGCAAUCCCAAUGGCAGAAGACAGUACUUAAUGCCUGCUCUUUCAAACAGUUCUUCCAAGUCAUUUGUCGGUUCAGCACAGGAGGCGAACUCUCAAUUGCCAUGGUGUCCACUUAGUCGUUGCAUAGAGGGACCUUUGGAAAACACUGCAGACUCUAAGGAACAACUUGAUUACAGUGACGCUUGCAAUUAUGCAGGGCUGAACAGCCUAGUUUAUGCUGAAGGCACGGAGGCAAGUAGAUUGGUAUCCCAUUCCAGAGAUUCCAUAGAUGCAUCCUGCAUAGAUUUUCUGAAUGCUCUUGCUGAUGUUGAAUCUAGUAGAUGCCAGCAUAAAAGUGAUGGCAACUUCAGACAAAUCACAGACCAGAGAUUUUUCAAAACAUUUGACAAGGAAUCCCAAACAAGCAGUUGCUAUACAGAGCUAGAUCAAGCAUGAAAUGUGUAUCGGGAAACUCCACUACAGGGAGUUGGAACCAUGUUUCCCAUGCAGUAUCCACAUCGCCUGGUAACUAUAUUUAUAUAUAAUAUGGCCUUUAAGCUUAUUCAUUUGCUUGCAUAGUCUGAUUUGAAAUGACAUCCUGUCUCCCUAACAAUAGCCCAUUUCACUUCUCUAUUGACCUUGGUUCAAGUAACCUUUACAGAAGAAAUAUUAUUUUAGAUGAUCUGAAGUGCCUGAGCUAUAUCCUUGAAACACACACCUCCUUUCCUUUUUCCCUAUAUAGAUUUUAUAUAAAUUGCUAUUAACUGAAUACCACUUACACUCUUUGCUCCUAGAUUUUAAAACCUUUGGUCAACUUUUACCUGACAAGUCUGAGACUGCUACUUUGAACAGUUAUACGCAAGGAACAUAACAUAACCAUUAGGUAUAAUUUCUAAAAUCAUCAGAUGAUCAUUGUAAGAGGAGACUUCAUGACUCUUCAUGGUUGAAGGCAAACAAUGAGUUGUUUAUUUAUGGCUUAUUGUAAUCUUUUACAUUUCUAGAGAAAGCUCCUCAAUGUUUUAUGGACAGGGUUGCAUGUACAUUAAUAUACAAGAAGUCAUAUUUCUUAUA